GAGAAACUGAUGAGGGAGGCGGACAUUUCGAAGGCGCCCUUCCCACUCCAACUCCCCCACCUGCGCCAAACCAAACUCCCGAUCCAAUCCCCCUAUAAGUUCUCCACCAACCUCUCCUCCAUCACUUCCGGCCGGUCGCUCCCUCCUCCGCCUCCGCCUCCGCCUCCGUCUCCGCCAUAGCAGCUCGCCGGCCUCGGUCCCCUCCAUGGAGUCGUCUGCUCUCCGAUCCUUCCACUACUCUGUGACCACCUUGUCCCAUGCACGGUCUCUGCCCGAAAGGGCCGGCGUGGUCCCUGUGCACUGCAGUUGGUCCGCUGGUAGCAAAUUUGACAUUCGACGUUUGAAGGUUGCAGGAAACAUCUUCUGCUCCCCCAAGAGGAGGAAUGCAGUGGUAACAUCAUCUGUGAAGGCAUCUGAUGCUGUUGCAGCAGCAAACUCUAGCGUUCCAGCAGACAGCACCACAAACGACUCAAAGGAGAACAAUGCUCUGCAAAGUGCAACUUUUCCGGCUGGAUUUGAGGCCUUGUUAUUGGAAGUCUGUGAUGAGACGGAGGUUGCAGAACUUAAACUCAAGAUUGGAGAAUUUGAGAUGCAUGUGAAGCGGAAUGUAGGGGCAGCAAAAUCUCCAAUCCCAGUUGUGUCACCUUCAGUACCGCCCCCUAUUCCGAGUGAACCAAUGGAUAAGUCAGGCUCUUCGGCCCCACCACCUGCAGCACCACCAAAGCCUGCUUCAGAAAAGACUUCUCCCUUUACCAAUGUGUCAUUUGGAAAAUCCUCAAGAUUGGCGGCAUUGGAGGCGUCGGGAGCCAGUGGCUAUGUCUUAGUAUCUUCUCCUACGGUUGGCUCAUUUAGAAGGGGCAGAACAUUGAAAGGGAAGAAGCAACCGCCUAGUUGCAAAGAGGGUGAUGUAAUCAAGGAAGGACAAGUCAUAGGUUGGUUGGAUCAGUUUGGAGCAGAGCUUCCUGUUAAGUCGGAUGUCUCCGGAGAAGUCCUCAAGCUCCUAAUUGAUGAUGGAGAACCUGUGGGUUACGGAGAUCCUCUUAUCGCCGUCUUGCCAUCCUUCCAUGGCAUCCAGUGAGCUGCUGCUCCUCUCAUAAGUUAAAUUCCGUUCUCUCGUUCUUGAAGGGCUCUGAUGAUACAAUUUGUUCUUCUGGUGACGCAAUUAUUCUUUUACAUCAUUCUGCUGCUAUUGCAUGUUUGAAUUAGUCAAGAGACAUCGGUGUUCGGGUGAUGUGCACUUGAUAGUAAUACCUAGUCAAGUCCUAGUUUGCUAUAAGUCAAGUUACCGGAAUAACAAAAGCACGCAUUAUUAUGCGUUCGAGUCUGUUUUCCCCUAUGCAUUCAAUUUCAUCCCGAUUUCGAUGGUGUUA